GCGAGCGCCCGCAGGGUCGGCCGCUGGGCCGCGAUUCCCCGCAGGCGGGCGCGAAGACGGCCCAGGGCCAGACUGCUGCAGCCCGAGCCUUCCCGGGGCUCAGCUCUGGGGCUGCUCAUCCCUCCGGCUGCGAGCAAGGACGCGCGCCCAGCGUCGGGGCGAAGAAAAGAAGAAAAACUUGUCGGAGGGGUUUCGCCAUCCCACAGUAACCCCCUUCCCGCAAACCCAAACCUUCCGCGGGGGCCACCCUAGGACUGGGGAAAGUUCCUUCCGAGCCGACAGCCCUCUUGGAUUUGGACAGGCACCCGCGCUGGCUGAGGAAUUAGAUCUGUUUUGAACCCAGUGGAGCGCAUCGCGGGGGCUCGGAAGUCACCGUCUGCGGGCACCGGGGUGGCGCUGCUUGUGCGGAAGGGAGAGUUUGCCAGCCCCAGCUCAAGUGGCCUUUCGUCUCCGCAAUUGUUGUGUGUCUGGGGUGAGGGCUGCGAGUGUCGUGGCAAGUUGUGAAGAGAGACCUGGAGGUCCGGAGGGGACUGCGCUGCCCUCGCACUCCCUUCUUCCUCUUCCCGGCUCCCGGGUGUGAAGUCCCAGAGAAAUUUACAAAGGCCUCUGCAUCCCGCCGAGACCAGCCCUCAGCGUUCGGCCCCGUUGUCCCCAUUCCCAGCGGGAGCCCCGUGGCACAGGGUGCCGGAGAAGUACUGGCGGGGAAGGGGAGGGAGGUCGCGGCAGCGGCAUGGCGAGGUUCCCGAGGGCCGACCUGGCUGCUGCAGGAGUUGUGUUACUUUGCCACUUUUUAAUGGACCGGUUUCAGUUCGCUGAAGGGAAGCCUGGAAACCAAGUCAAUGAUUGCCACUAUCAGGUUGCUCAGGCCUUCCCACCAACAGAAGAGGAGGUGGAGGUGGAUUCCCAUGCAUUCAGCCACCGGUGGAAAAGGCACUUGGAUUCUCUCAAGGCGGUAGACUCAAACCGAGCCAGCCUGGGCCAAGACUCCCCAGAGCCCAGAGGCUUCACAGACCUGCUCCUGGAUGACGGGCAGGACAACACCACCCAGAUUGAGGAGGACACAGAUCAUAAUUACUAUAUAUCUCGGAUAUAUGGUCCAUCUGAUUCUGCCAGCCGGGAUUUGUGGGUGAACAUAGACCAAAUGGAAAAGGACAAAGUGAAGAUUCAUGGAAUACUGUCCAAUACUCAUCGACAAGCUGCAAGAGUGAAUCUGUCCUUCGAUUUUCCAUUUUAUGGCCAUUUCCUACGUGAAAUCACUGUGGCAACUGGGGGUUUCAUAUACACUGGAGAAGUUGUACAUCGAAUGCUAACAGCCACACAGUACAUAGCACCUUUAAUGGCAAAUUUUGAUCCCAGUGUAUCCAGAAAUUCAACGGUCAGAUAUUUUGAUAAUGGCACAGCGCUUGUUGUCCAGUGGGACCACGUACAUCUCCAGGAUAAUUACAACCUGGGAAGCUUCACAUUCCAAGCAACCCUCCUCAUGGAUGGACGCAUCAUCUUCGGAUAUAAGGAAAUUCCUGUCUUGGUCACACAAAUAAGUUCGACCAAUCACCCAGUGAAAGUGGGGCUGUCAGAUGCAUUUGUCGUUGUCCACAGGAUCCAACAAAUUCCCAAUGUUCGAAGAAGAACAAUUUAUGAAUACCACCGAGUAGAACUACAAAUGUCCAAAAUCACCAAUAUUUCAGCUGUGGAGAUGACCCCAUUGCCUACAUGUCUCCAGUUUAAUGGUUGUGGCCCCUGUGUAUCCUCUCAGAUUGGCUUCAACUGCAGUUGGUGUAGUAAACUUCAAAGAUGUUCCAGUGGAUUUGAUCGCCAUCGGCAGGACUGGGUGGACAGCGGAUGCCCUGAAGAGUCAAAAGAGAAGCUCUGUGACACCACAGAGCCAGUGGAACGUUCUACUCAAACCACCACCAUACGAGCAACAAGCACACAAUUCAGGGUCCUGACGACCACCAGAAGAGCAGCGACACCCCGGCUGCCCACCAGCCUGCCCACAGAAGAUGAUACCAAGAUAGCUCUACAUCUAAAAGAUAAUGGAGCCUCUACAGAUGACAGUGCAGCCGAGAAGAAAGGGGGAACCCUUCAUGCUGGCCUCAUCGUUGGAAUUCUCAUCCUGGUCCUCAUUAUAGCCGCAGCCAUUCUUGUGACAGUCUAUAUGUAUCACCAUCCAACGUCAGCAGCCAGCAUCUUCUUUAUUGAGAGACGCCCAAGCAGAUGGCCUGCGAUGAAGUUUCGGAGAGGUUCUGGCCAUCCUGCCUAUGCUGAGGUUGAACCAGUUGGAGAGAAAGAAGGUUUUAUUGUAUCAGAGCAGUGCUAAAAUUUCUAGGACAGAACAGCACCAGUGCUGGCUUACAGGUGUUAAGACUAAAAAUUUGCCUAUACCUUUAAGACACACACACACACACACACACACACACACACACACACACACACACACACACACACACACACACACACACACACACACACACACACACACACACACACACGAGCCCUAAGCUGCUGUAGUCAGAAGGAGAUGAGAUUUCUGGACAAGCCCAGCCCAGGAAGGGUUAAAAAAAACAACCCUAAAACUUAUAGAGGACACCAAUUACCACUGAACAUAGAAUUCCCUAGUGGAAUGACCUCUAUAGUUCACUCAGCACAUCUCCUGUGGACUUAUCAGAAAUAUGACAAGAUUACAAUGCUGUUGGCUUAAGGUGCAGGGUUGCAAAGGGAUCAAGACAAAAAAUAAUAAAGCUUUAGUUCACGAGGGAUCUACACCUUGGUUCAAAUAUUCUUCUCUAAUAACUGUGUUCCACAGCCUGACCCCAUUCACUCAAAAGAGCAAUGAUGAAUAUUUCAGUUUGCUGAGAAAAGGAGCUGAUGCAGGAGCAAAAAUAAACACAAAAUAAGAGGUUUUUCUGUCUUUUCACCAGACAUGUGGCUAAAGGGUUUUGUUUUUCUGGUCUAGACCCACCUGUUCCAACAAGUUCAUCACUUUACAGGAUGAAUCUUUUGUCUGUCCGGGAGGUUCCGACUCCGCCUCCGUCUUCUUUGUUCUGGUUGCCCACUCUGUGAGCAGUGACAGAAUCGCAGCCUUUUAGCUAAGGGUGAGAAAGGAGGGAGAGGCAAAGGAGGCCUCUGGUUCCCCUGCCUCAGAGUUAAACAUCUGAUUUGUUUUAAGAAGUAUUGCCUCCACCGCCCACUGUGAAGUCCUAUGAAG